AGACUCCAAUCAGCUCGCUGCCACUUCCUCUGGUGCUACAGCUGCUGAUCCACAAUGCAGGUUCAGUUCAGAGCAGAUCUGCUGGUUCUGAUGCUGCUGAGCUGCAGCGCUCCAUCUGCAGCUGAAGAAUGCAACUUGCCUGAGAGGAUGCAGCAGUCAGCCUUACACAAGUUGUCGGGCAUGAGGUGGGUUCUGGUGGAGUCCUUCUCAGAUUAUCCACGUGGAGAAGAAUUAAUGAAAAUUACUAAUAGCUCCAUCACUGUGAUACACCUCAAAGACAAUAAUGAGAGCUUCAUGUUCACUGAAAGAAACCUAGUAGCUGGAAAAUGUCUCAUCUUCCGUGGCAACCUGUCCAUUCCUGACCCUGAGACGUCCAUCCACUCCCUCCUUCUGGACAACACAGGCGUGCGGGAGUUUGAGGGUGUGGUGGUUCCGUAUGACGACAAAGGUCGAGCAGAUGUCUAUCAGACCUGCCCCCACUGUCUGAUCAUCGUCUACCACGGAGUGUUUGAGGGAAUGCCGGGAAGAAUCCUGCUCAUCUACAGAAGUGAGGGGAAACACCUGGAUGCUGAUGAGCUGAAAGCUGCUGCAAGUGAUCACAGAAGGAUCGCCGAGUGUCUGAAGUUCAAUGUGGAGAUAAGCUUCCGCUACAAUGGGAAAGCAGAGUUUUGUCAGGAAAAGAAGAAAGAACAGGAGGAAGCCUGAUACGAUCAGCUGGUUCCACAGCAAAUAUUUUCUGUUUUGUGUUGUUAUUGUCAAUAAAAUGUAUAUGUUAAACUCA